CGCAGUUUCAGAGAAACGAAACUUAACUCUGUCUCUGUCAGUGUCAGCAGUAAAAUGGCUGAAGGUGGAGGUUUACUCGAUCAGGACCAGUUCAGCUGUGCAAUCUGUUUGGAUCUACUGAAAGAUCCAGUGACUACUGCCUGUGGACACAGUUACUGUAUGGGCUGUAUUAAGGGCUGCUGGGAUCAGGAUGAUCAUACUGGUGUCUACAGCUGUCCACAGUGCAGACAGACCUUCACUCCAAGGCCUGUUUUGAGCAAAAACACCAUGCUGGCUGAAGUGGUGGAGAAACUGAAGAAGACAGGACUCCAAGCUGCUCCUCCUGCUCACUGUUAUGCUGGACCUGGAGACGUGGCGUGUGAUUUCUGCACUGGGAGAAAGCUGAAAGCUGUGAAGUCCUGCCUGGUGUGUCUGGUCUCUUACUGUGAAACUCACCUCCAACCUCACUAUGAAUCUCCUGCCUUUAAGAAGCACAAACUGGUCAAAGCCACUGGAAACCUACAGGAGAAGAUCUGCUCUCAUCAUGACAAAAUUCUGGAGGUUUACUGUCGUACUGAUCAGCAAUGUAUCUGUUAUCUGUGUACGAUGGAUGAACACAGAGGCCAUGAUACAGUCUCAGCUGCAGCAGAAAGGACUGAGAAACAGAAGCAGCUGGGGGCGACACAGAGUAAAUUCCAGCAAAGAAUCCAGGAGAGAGAGAAGGAGCUGCAGGACCUGAGACAGGCUGUGCAGUCACUCAAGCGCUCUGCACAGGCAGCAGUGGAGGACAGUGAGAGGAUCUUUACUGAGCUGAUCCGCUCCAUUGAGAGAAGGCGCUCUGAGGUAAAAGAGCUGAUCAGAAAUCAGGAGAAGGCUGAAGUGAGUCGGGCUGAAGGACUCCUGGAGCGACUGGAGCAGGAGAUUGCUGAGCUGAGGAGAAGAGAUGCUGAGCUGGAGCAGUUUUCACACACAGAGGAUCACAUCCAGUUCCUUCAGAGCUGUCAGUCUCUCUGUGCCCCUCCUGGACCUGGAGACUUUCCCAGCAUCACUGUCAGUGCACACGUUUCUUUUGAGGCUCUGAGGAAGUCUGUCUCUGAACUGAAAGAGCGACUGGAGGACGUCUGCCAGGUGGAAUUAGUGAAGAUUUCUAUAACAGUGGAAGAAGUCCAUAAUGAGCCCAGGACCAGAGAGGACUUCUUACAAUAUUCCUGUCAGCUCACUCUGGACCCCAACACAGUGAAUAAAUACCUCUCUCUGUCUGAGGGGAACAGAAAGGUGACCCGUGUGAGAGAGAUCCAGUCAUAUCCUGAUCAUCCAGAGAGAUUUGAGUGCUGGGCCCAAGUGCUGUGCAGAGAGGGUCUGUCUGGACGCUGUUACUGGGAGGCUGAGUGGAGUGGGCAUGGGGUUGAGAUAGCAGUGUCAUAUAAAGAGAUCAGCAGGAAAGGGCAGGGUUAUGACUCUGUUCUGGGAUAUAAUAACAAGUCCUGGAGUCUGCGCCGUAAAGCCUCCGGUUAUUUUUUCAGGCACAAUGCUAAGUGCACUGAAAUCCCUGUUCCCCCCUCCUCCAGAUUAGGAGUGUACCUGGAUCACAGGGCAGGAACUCUGUCCUUCUACAGUGUCUGUGACACAAUGACUCUCCUGCACAGAGUCCAGACCACAUUCACUCAGCCCCUCUAUCCUGGGUUUUGGGUUUAUUCUGUUGGAUCCUCUGUAAAACUGUGUGAUUUGGGAUGAGGCAGAGAGUGAAGGGAAGAUCAGUUGUAAUUAAAGAGAGGGAAAAACACUCAAAUGCGACAGAAAAUGAGUUCAAUUAAAUUAAAUAUUGAACUUUAAAAGAUUAACUGGUUGAAAUAAAAAUGGAAUCCAGACCACAUUCACUCAGCCCCUCUAUCCUGGGUUUGGCGUUCGUACUAUUGGAUCCUCUGUAAAACUGUGAUUUGGGAUGAGGCAGAGAGUGAAGGGAAGAUCAGUUGUAAUUAAAGAGGGAAAAACACUCAAAUUACAUUACAUUACAUUUAUUUGGCAGAUGCUUUUAUCCAAAGCGACGUACAAAAAGUGCAUUUCAUGGUCAUAGACAACUGCUAAACACAGGUUCAGUAAGGUACAAUACUUAUUUUGUACAGCUAUUUCUAGCCAAGAACACAGUUCACACAGUGAACACUAUUCAGACCUAACCUCUGCAAAGCCAACUAGGCAGAAGAAUAAGCUACAGUAUUAGGACAAAUACAAAUUACCAAAAAGUGCUGGGAUGGGGCAACAUGUAACAAGUGUCAUGAAAAGGGUUUUUUUUUUUUUUUUUUUUUUAAAGAGUGAAAUAUACAGCGUGGUGGUGGUUAGUCUAGGUAUAGUCUGAAGAGAUGAGUCUUCAGGCCACGGCGGAAGAUGGGUAGUGAGGGGGAGGUUCGGAGAGGGAUGGGGAGUUCGUUCCACCACUGGGGAGCUAGGGUGGAGAAGCUCUGUGAUCCCUUUGGGCGGGUGGGAGGGGUUACAAGGCGCCCUGCUGCCGCUGAGCAGAGUGGUCGAGCAGGCACAUAGAAUCGAGUCAUGUCCUGCAAGUAGAUGGGGGCUGUCCUGUUGGCAGCAGUGGAGGCAAGGGUCAGGGCUUUGAACCGGAUCCUGGCGGCGACUGGUAGCCAGUGGAAUGAUCGCAGCAAAUGAGACAGAACAUGAUUUAAAUUAAAUUAAAGAUUAGCCAUCAAAUGAUUAAAUCAAUGAAAUACAAACAGAAAAAACUUCAGGUCUUGGUCACACCAUUCAGGCAGCCACUCUUAUGCUUGUGUCCCAGUGUACAGUAUGCACGAGUGCGCUGUAAAAUUUCAGUUCUAACUGGGAUCACAUGCCAUCUGAGUCCAUUUAACACUGAACAUUUUACUGCAUAAAGGAUCUCCAACCUGAUUGAAUUAUAAAUGGGUUAAUAAAGAAAUCACUUUGUUUGUUUUUAUUUUU